GCCAGGGGGCGCCGCUUCACCGGUCACGUGAACUCUCACUUCCGGCGCAGAAGAAGACCUGUGACUUUCAGCGUUUACGUUCCUGUGGAGCGCAACAAAACUGUCAUCAUGAACGCGAUUCUGGCGUCGCUUUCCCGCUUGAGAGGAAUAACACAUUCGCAAAGCAUCUCAACAGGAAAGCUGGCCGUAAAUGGGAACCCUCACCUCAGGUCCUUCAGCAACUGGCUGGUCCCCAAAGCCGCCGCGGAUCGCCCGACUCCAAGAACCGGACCGCUCUCCUCCCGAGCCGAGGGCGUCAGAGUCUUCCAGCAGCUGCCGUGGCAACACCAGCAAGUCCGAACAAGGAAAAGAGGCACGGAGUAUCAGCCCAAAAACAUCAAGCGCAAGCGGACCCACGGCUGGAUCAAGAGGCUCAGCAGCAGAGGCGGCAUCGAAAUCAUCCUGCGGCGCAUGUUGAAGGGCCGCAAGUCACUCUCGCACUGAAGAGGACUUGGACACGGAAAAGGGACUCCUGCAUGGUGCGGAAACUACUAGUCGAGGGGUUGGGUUCCCAGUUCUUCCUUAAUGAGUGGGAGGGAUUGAAAACCGGACAGAAACUGAGUUACAUUUGAGAAUUGGGGGGCUGGGUUUCACUUUCACCACCUUGUGUGAAUGGCAUCAUUAAAUGGUACUCAACAUCAA